CCCGUCUCCUUCACGUCCUCUGCCUCAGCUCCAGCAGGUCCUGAGCCUCGGCCACAUCAGCACCGACUACCCGCUGGCGGAGACCAUCACGAUGCUGGGCUUCUUCAUGACCGUCUUCCUGGAGCAGCUCAUCCUGACCUUCCGCAAGGAGAAGCCGUCCUUCAUUGACCUGGAGACCUUCAACGCCGGCUCGGACGCGGGCAGCGACUCCGAGUACGAGAGCCCCUUCAUGGGCAGCGGGCGGGGGCACGCACUGUAUGCCGAGCCUGGCCCGCACGCCCACAGCCACGGCCUGAGCGUCCAGGAGCUGUCACGUUCCAGCCCGCUGCGCCUGCUUAGCCUGGUCUUCGCGCUCUCGGCCCACUCCAUCUUCGAGGGCCUGGCACUGGGCCUGCAGGAGGAGGGCGAGAAGGUGGUCAGCCUCUUCGUGGGCGUGGCCAUCCACGAGACGCUGGUGGCCGUGGCCCUGGGCGUCAGCAUGGCUCGGAGUGCUAUGCCGCUGCGGGACGCGGCCAAGCUGGCUGUCACAGUGAGCGCCAUGAUCCCACUGGGCAUUGGCAUCGGCCUGGGCAUUGAGAGCGCCCAGGGCGUGCCUAGCAGUGUGGCCUCGGUGCUGCUGCAGGGCCUGGCGGGCGGCACCUUCCUCUUUGUCACCUUCUUCGAGAUCCUGGCCAAGGAGCUGGAAGAGAAGAGUGAGCGGCUCCUCAAGGUGCUCUUCCUGGUGCUGGGCUACGCUGUCCUGGCCGGCAUGGUCUUCCUCAAGUGGUGAACG